AUUUAUGCAUGGGGUGCGGUUCCACUCGCAUCCACACCACGCCUGUCUCUAAUGGAAGACAGCAUUCCUACAUCGACUUUCCACUGGUAAGGCGGUCUAGAACUCAAUUCUCUCAUUUGUCAGCGUCCAUUCAAAAUGACGAAGAGAGUGUCAAGAUAAUUAUGAGUCCAGAUUGUUCGACUAUACAAAUUGAAAUGGUCUCAUUCGGUUUAGACGGGACAGCGGAAGCCAACAACGACGGCAAUGAGAAUGGAACCUCUAAUGACACACUUCAACCUUGUAGCGCUAAAAAAGAUUCAACCAAGAAGCCUCGGAGCGUACAAAGCGAAAAGAAGCGAAAAUCAUCUUUUGGUGAACUGAUUUAG